AGUUGUGAGGCUGUGCAGUGUGCGCGUGUGUUGCACUUAGCGAUUUUUAGUCGCGUUCAUUGUUUUUAUACUUAGUUAUAGUGAGUGAGUUCUAGGAUUACAAGGACAGUGUAGUAGUGAUCGUGUCGUAAUUAUUCGGAGAUGGUGAUCCUCAGUCGCGGUGACAUGACCGAAGGGACGCCAGAAUGGGACAUCAACGACGCAGUGGUGCCUCGCGUGGUGACCUUUGACACCUUCUCCGAGUGGUGCGACGGCCACGUGCGCCGCGUAUACCCCCCGGGCUGCGAGGAAGCCCGUCGUCACGCCUCUGGAUGGGCCAUGAGAAACACCAAUAACCAUAACGUCCAUAUACUGAAAAAGAGCUGUCUUGGAGUCCUUAUCUGCUCAGCAAGAUGUAGACUGCCUGAUGGCUCGAGGGUUCACCUGAGACCAGCCAUUUGUGAUAAGGCGAGGAAGAAACAACAAGGUGAAUAUUGGGGCAAGCCCUGUCCGAACCGGCACUGCAACGGAGGCCGGUUGGAAGUGCAACCCUGCCGCGGCCACUGCGGCUACCCCGUCACACACUUCUGGCGACACACUGAGCACGCCAUCUUCUUUCAAGCGAAGGGCGCGCACGACCACCCCAGGCCUGAGGCCAAGGGCGCCAGCGAAGUCCGCAGAUCUCUAGGCGCAGGAAGAAGAGUCAGAGGACUAGCCCUACUGCUGGCUAGGGAGGCGGCUAUAGCAGAUAAGAUCCUAACUGUGAAACCUGACAAACAGACUCAGAAGAUCUGCAACCCUCAUCCGCAGCCACCACCUCUUAUCCCUGAUAACCAAAGAUCUCUCACAUGCACGUGCGGGCCAUUCGAAUGUUCAUGUCGUUGGCGCCCCGACCACCCAGCAGAAGCCUACGCGCCGCAGUCCUGGUCUCCUGUAGAACCUCAUCAAUACGCAGCAUACGUCCCCGCCGCACACCCCGCACCCGCUCCCUCACUACCCAACCAGCAGUACGAUCCAACGGCCCUCCCUGCAGACGACAUCUUCCAUCCAGAGGAAAUAUUCCAACUCGACCAACCAAUUCGCCUAGAUUUCCCCAUGGAAGAAAGCACCCUAGAAUCACCACCGACCUUCGCCGAUCUCAAUGAAAACUCGCGACCUGAAGACGCAUACUGGCUGGAAUGGCAACGGGCAGCAGGCGGCUCAGAGUCCAGUGAAACCCCUUCCCCCGAACUUUUCGGCAACUGCUACCAACAGGCUGAUGCAUACUGCGAACAGCAAAAUUAUAAUAUCGCCUACUACCCUGAAGAAGCACAGUACUACCCUACAGAUAGCACUAGAACGUCACCUGUGAUGGACAUGCAAGAUCAAAGGUAUUACAGAUACGGCCAGGACUGUGCACAAAAUACCAAUGUAGACAUGCAAGCGUGGAACUAUACGGACUGUGCGUUUUCGAGUAGCGAAGUGCCCGUGACCGAGUGCAAACAAUACUUCGACGCGCAACAACAAGCUGCAAACGCCUUCAGUGCUCUCUUAUAAUGUAGUGAACUCUGUGUAAAUAGCUUUGUAAAUUGUACAUACAUUUAGGCAUAUAAAUAUGAUUGUUUUAAAUUUGUGUUGACACCAAAAUGUAUCAAAGCAUACGACUUAUUUUUGUUCCUAUUCGGAUGUUAAGUAUACGUUUAUAUAAAAUAAUGUGUUCUUGGAUAAAAUAAAACACAAUU